AUGACACGAAAAUCGCUCAGUCGGUUACAUCACUCCGAUGAUACGAUUCGAAUUCCCUACCUGGCGAAUCGGAAAGGGUCGGUUUGGAGAGAAGAAAAUCCGGGAAAAGGAGAAAGAUACUGGGAUGAAGUGUUCCGGUUGGAGGUUGAGGACUUAAAGGACAUUGAUGACUAUGGACUCCUUCUCUGUACGGGCCGAGUACCGAAGAGUCAGAUUCGGGUCUUUCAAUCAUCCCGCAAGAGCGAGGGCCGCUCUCUACUCGCGAGGGAUGAGAUGGAUUUUAGAAGAUGGCUUGCCCGGUCCUCAAGAGGGGAGAUCGUUUUAUUGGCCAGGAAGAGUUUUUUGUCGUCCAGUGACUUUUUGUCUUAG